AAAACUUUGUAGAAAUUUUCAUUCUCGUUAGUAAUUUUAUUCUCAGAACCAUACAGUAAUCAGAAAAAAUCCCAAGGAGUGGUAUCGGAAUAUAACAUGAAUUACAGAUGCACACUGUGUUUCCUUACUGCAUCGAUCCUACAUGUAGUUCAUUGGGGAAAGGUUUCGUCAUUUACGACGUGUGAAAUCUCUGUUCUUACAGUAAAGUUUGUUGAAAAAUGUCCAACAGACGCCGAAGCUUGGAAAAAAGCAGCAGCCAGAUUGAAUUGCGGAUCUGUUUCCCAGUCGUGUUCACAGUCCAUGGGAGAGAAUGCUCAGUACUUUGUAUUUCAGUACCACUGUGUUAUCAAUGCAUGGAGGAAUGCUACGUUAGAAGUAUGCGCUCCCAAUCGCACUAUAUUAGGUUUCUGUGCCGAGUUUAACUUCCAAGGAGCAAUGAUACAAGACAACUAUGAUGCAGAUUGCACAAAGCAUGAAACGCCGUGUCCGACCAGCUAUGACUCAGCAGAGGCUUAUAAAUAUCCAUCGUGCUAUGAGAUGGUUAGAAAAAAUCGUCAAAGAGCAAGGGAGGACAUUUUGAAACCGAUCUCCUUAUCAAAUAGAAUUACUGGAAAUCUAGUCCAUUUACUGAGUGCAGUUUUGUCGGUGAUCUUUUUACGGACUAUUACAGACUAUACGUGGAGUGUCGUCCCGUAGUUUUCAUAAUUUGAUUACUGAAAGUAACUUUUCGCAGCCAAAAGUAUGAAUGUGUAUGUGUUUUUAUCUUUUCAUGGGUUUUUUAUGGACACUGGAUGUAUGUAUGUAUGUCUGUCUGUGUAUGUAUGUAUGUGUGUGUAUGUAUGUCUCUGUGUGUGUGUGUAUGUAUGUGUGUGUAUGUAUGUCUCUGUGUGUGUGUAUGUAUGUCUCUGUGUGUGUGUAUGUAUGUAUGUCUGUGUAUGUAUGUAUGUGUGUGUAUGUAUGUAUGUGUGUGUGUAUGUAUGUAUGUAUGUAUGUAUGUGUGUGUAUGUAUGUGUGUGUGUGUAUGUAUGUAUGUAUAUGUGUAUGUAUAUAUAUGUAUGUAUGUAUGUAAGUGUGUGUGUAUGUAUGUAUGUAUGUCUGUCUGUGUAUGUAUGUAUGUGUGUGUAUGUAUGUCUCUGUGUGUGUCUGUCUGUAUAUGUAUGUAUGUGUGUGUAUGUAUGUCUGUGUGUGUGUGUAUGUAUGUGUGUGUAUGUACAUAUGUAUGUAUAGUGAUGUUUCUGGAUUCAUGAACAAAACAUUUGCAGCGAUAUUUUUUAUAUGUACAUAUCACGAUACUACUUAAUCACAAACAUGUCAAUACAUUAUUUCUCCAAAAACAGAAUUAAGGAACUUUUAUAUAGAACUCAUUUAUUCUCACUUGUUAUGAAGAGUUCGAUUGAAUAUAUCUGUUCAUUAUAACCUUAUGAUGAAAUUAUUGUGCUUUACCAAAAAGUUAACUAUAUAUUUGUAUCAUAAAAUGUAAAUAUCUAUUCUUGUUUCAUUGAAAAAUAUAAAGGAUCGCUGAGACUGAAUUUACUUUUCCAGAAGAAGAUGGAAUAUCAUCAAUUGUUAGUCAUGUGAUUUUCUGGUUUAUAGAAAUAUUGCAUACAUUUUGACUUGAUGAUAGAGUUUAGAAGGGAUAUUUCAUCUUGGAAUCCUGUGCUCAAAAUACUAUAGAUGACCUUUGAAUGAUACAUUGCUACAGUUGUCUUUUUAUAUAUUCUGCACAGUGCAUGGCGAUUAUUUAAACACACACUUUACGUUAUGCAGACAAUCGAAAUAUGCAUAUAUUUAGCUGUUUUUGUUUCUUUUUGUUUGGUUGUAUGUUUUGUUUUUUAUUACUAUUAUUUGCUAACAUCAAAUAUAAAACCCCGGGGCCUCCGUGGCGGAGUGGUUAGAGCAUCGCUCUCAAAAUCACACGGCCUCUCACCUCGCGCCGGUAAGUGAGAAAGUUUACUUUCGGAAGGUCGGUGGUCUCUUCCCAGGUACCCCAGAUAACUGAAAAAUUGUUGAGUGUGGCGGAAAACAUCAAUCAAUCAAUCAAAUAUGAAAUGGUAAGAAGAAAGCAACUGAUGUUUGCAUGUACGUGUAUCAUCGUUUCGUUGCGGCAUUGAACUAGUUAGUUUUGUUGACCAAAUAAAAGAUGUUUCUAAAAGGAUGAA